UCUGAAUCCGAUCCGAUAGUUUGUGGUGUGAAGGUUGUGAGGUUAGGUUACUCUUAUGAUUGAUAGGUGAAUUCAUGACAAUAAAUUGAAUACUAGUCAAUCUAUAAUCCUAAUCUUGUGUUUAGACGUUCUAUAAAUUAUUUAGUGAUGUCAGUGCGUGCGUGUUUGGGCCUACUAAUGUCAAGACAAAUUAUUAGAAGAUUUUCACUAACCAUUCCUUGCAAUCAGUCUUGCAGUCGCAUUCUCGUAUCCAAAGCUCAAAAUGAUUACUUCCCUGUAAAAGUUCCUUGUCAAAAAUAUGCUACAACACAAUCGCCCAACCACAAACUUGGAGUAGAGAUUUACAAUGGGCCUCUUGCAAGGAGAAUUCGGUCAGUCAAGCUUUUCUCGUUGUCGACCAGUUUGAUGGGGUUGAUAGCUCAACCAAUUAUAAUUGAAAGAAUAAUGGAAACCGGAGUCAGUAUUGUUGCCAUGAUUUUUUCUGGAGCAGUCGUUCAGUUUUUCACAUUUGUCACACCAGUUGUACUGCAUUAUUUUACAAAGAAAUACGUCAAGGUGAUGUAUUAUGACCCAGAAACAGAUACUUAUUCAGCAGUAACUCACACAUUUUGGGCAACAGAUAAGGUGCUGCCAUUCAAGCUGGAUGAUGUGGUAAUUCCUGACAUUCCUCGAAUGUUCACCACCAUUAUUGUAAAGGGUAAUCCCUUAUUUUUUGACAUAAACUUUUUUGAAGAUGUUGGCCAUUACAAGAAAUUAAUGGGUUUUGAUAAGCCAAUUGACUUUAAAUUGGAAGACAAACCUCCAAGGUCUUAAAUGUUCUACCUCAAGUAUUUAAUCUAAUUGUGUUCUUACCAUAGUUGUAUUUUUUAUUUAAUUUGUAUAAAACCAGUUAUAGACUGAAUGUAAAUAUAAGUUGAACUAUUA